AUGAGAAUAAAAGUUGAGACAAAAUGCUAUGAAAAUAUGUUGAACUCAUUUUCAACGUAUCGCACAGAGAACAAUGAAAAGUAUCAAAGACAACGUCGUUUACCCAUAAAUUUCGAAUUCGAAAAACUUUAUUUGAGAUAUAUGGAAGAGUGCCGAUGUCAGAUGGAGAAAAUUGAGCAACUACGUUCGUACAUUUUUGAGGCGAUUGAAAUAGUCUUAAAUCUUUUUGUUGAAAUUCAUCAAUUUGUGAUUGAUGACUUGAAUAAAUGGAAGUAUGAAGCACAAAAAUUGGCAAAUGAAAUAUCAUAUCCAGUUAAAGUACAUAAUCCAGACAAACUUGAUGCAAUUCAAAUAUGGUUGAAUAAAUUAUAUGAAUGCCUCAUGGACAUACGCAGCAUUGUGGAAAAUAUUCAUAAUUCAAAUGUUCAGAUGAAAAUUGUCGACAGACGAGAUGAUAAAAUCAAAGAAAAGAUAAGCAAUUCAUUACAAAAUUUGAUUGCAUCAAGUUUUAUCAUCGAAAAACAUCCAUCGCAAAUUAUUAAACGUGACACCAGAAAUAAUGCAUGUGUUCGGAUGCUUAUCACUGAGUUCACAAAGAUUACGGAGAAAUUAGGGGUAUCGGUCUCUAUAUUGUCGGAAUCAAAAGCGGUGAUUCAAAGGCAACAAAAGGCACCAUUGUCGGAAUCGAGCGGUUGCAUUGCGGACAAUACAGAAGAAAUACAAUUCUCGCCCGACAGCGACACUUUGAGAUGGAACUUUAAACGGAUGAUGGUCACCAAGGUCACACGAAAAAGUAAAAGUGGAUCGACAAAAGAUGUGAGCGACAAAAAGUUCGUUUUUGUAUUUCGAAUGAAAUUUCAAAUUAACGAUAUUCCAAUUGAU